AGAGCGGAUUUCUCUUGAUAUUGGGUGAAAUGGCAUAUUUACACACACGAGAUGUAUAUCUGUAUAUAUGUACUCAAGUGACAACGCCUCAUCCCGAUUUUUUGUUUGGUACGACAGGUGCAGGGAAACGGUGUCAUGACCUGAUAAGAAUGUUCGAUUAGCCAUUACGAAAACAUAACCUCCGUCCACCUUGACAGUUCGUAAAAACCAAUAAUUUGUUAAUAAAUUAAUUAUAAAAAUAUUUGGAAAUGAUAGAUUCAUUUUGGGAUCAAUGGAAUAGAUAUUUUCCAAAUUUGUCGACGUUCUAUAUCUACUGUGUUGCCACGACUGUUCUCGUUGUUUUUACAACUUAUAUUUUCACUCGAACAACCGAACAAAAACAAAAGGAUGCAGAGAUCGAGGAAGUCAAGGAGUUCGGCAUCCAGGCGCGGUAUAAAUUAGCGAAACAAAAAGUUGUUCAGCAACAAUUAACACCGGAACAGCAAUUAGAAGAGAAAAGGUCAGAGUCCGAAUCAUUAGCCGAAAUUUAUAAAUUAUUACGAAAUCGAAGGGAUGUGUUUCCAGAUGCGACGAUGGAAGAUAUUCGAGAUCAAUUAAGCCUGUACAAAUCCACCGAAUAGUGUUCGAUUAAUAUUUACUCGAGACGAGGGUAAAAUACACUCAAGAUUUCGAUAAUGCAAACAUCACACUGAGCGAUUAAAAUCCUCUCCACGUGAUACUAAUGUAACUAUAAAUAUUGUACAGAUAUUUUCGUCAAUCCAAUUAACUUUUUGCAUCGAAAUAAAUUUUUAUUCGAAUUUU